GUUUGCCGUGGACACGCACCACUUGUCACUUUGCGGUUCAACGUCCCUAUCCCGUUUACUCUGCAAGUCGCAGAAUUCAGAAGGGGAAUAACUACAUUGAAAGUAUUUUGCCGCUUUUGAGCCCAUGAGACCCGGUCAAUUGCUCUUACACCAUCAAUCUUCUCGACCCACAUUAUUUAGCGCACUUGAGGGCCAGCUGGCAGAGGUUGUUCACCUCUCAUUGCAAUUUCUAGAAUGGCAAAGCCGCCGGGCAUUCUGAAAUUGCCCAACGAUCUUUUGCGUGACAUUCUAGAUCAUAUCGAGGCCGAUCCAGAAAAAUCGGUCAACAUUGACCGACGAGCAUAUCUAUCGGUCGAAAGCUUCAGACCGCCAUGCCCACCGCCGCGAGCUCAACUGCAAGAUGUGGGCCACUUCAGGUUGGUAUGCCGACGGUUCUCCGCGCUCGGAAUUCCAUACCAGUUUACCCGCGUGACAACCAGAUUCAGCCGUCAAGGUUUUCAACGAUUGGAGAAGAUCUGCGGCCGGCCAUCACUUGCUCGCCAUGUGAAGAAAUUCAGCUAUAUGGUGCCUUAUUUCUAUGUUGAAGGCAGGGAUCAACUACGAGAGCUUUUCCGAGAGUCUCGAGGGGACCUAGGUGCGCUUGAUGCCAAUCAUUUUCUGCGCAAAUGCAAUGAUCAAAAAGACAUCAUCCGCACCAAGGAGGAUAUCCGAGCUCUCAAUCGUGCCAUGGCGGCCUUUACGGCCCUACAGCACGUACAAAUCCUAAGGCUUCAGGAUGAGGCAGACCGGCGACUCCUCGAGUAUCUCAGUGAUAACCGCGAAGUCGCGACAAUCCGAGUGGAUCUUCAAUGGACUCCGGCAUGUUUGCGGGCUUUGAGAACAGUAGGCCGCGCCCUCCUCAAAGGGUCAUCUCCAUUUUCACGAUUUUCGGUACCAGCCCUCAGCCCACCUUCGGUUUCCGAGGUCGCACUCGAAACGGUCUCUAUCGGCAUGAUUUCGUCCCUGGCCGAGCGUCUCACCUGUCUUGAGCUUCAUUUUGACGAUGGCGUUGACCUUGACCACAAGAUGCGGGAGCUCUCACCUCUUUUCAAAGUCUUCUUCACCUCUGCAACCGCGAUGCAAGCCGUUCAUGUUGGAUUUCCGUCGCGACAGCCUCUGAGCCUGAGACUAGAAGAGAUCUUCCAUGAAGUGCGAUGGGAUAAGCUGCGCGCAGUAGGCAUACAAGCAUGGCGCUUAAAUGCUGAUGAAAUUAUCGCACUCGCACGAAGACAUCGACGCACCUUACGCGGCCUACGACUUCGCGAUGUGCUUCUCAAAGAAGGUAGCCACUGGAAAGAUGUUCUGGGGAUGCUUCGGAAUGAGAUGGAGCUCUUGGACUGGGUCAGUCUACGAAGGAUUGGAUAUGCCAAGACGUUUGACGAGCUUUGGGCCGGAAGUAUGGAAAUUCGAGACGACGGGCCUGGCAGCGAUAGUGAUGAUGAAGACGAGUUCCCAGCACAUCUUAGUGAGGAUGACGGUGGAGAUGAGAUUGAAGGAGAAGGGUUCGGUCAUCAGGCUCACUUCAACCACGAUGUGGACCAAGAUGAGACCGAUAGCGAAGAUUAUGAUUCAGAAUUUAGCCAUGACGAUGAUAGUGAACAUGGCCCCGAAGCAAAUGAGCUCGCUUUGUCCCCUGACACUCCGUCCUCAGUACCCUGGUGCAACUGUGGCAGGAGACCGUAUCCAGACAGCGCGGAUGAUUUGGGCGACAAUGGCAUCACAGUGGAUUAUUUGCAACGCAAGCUUUGGGAAAAGUGGGUGGUUGGGCGUUGUCCAGAGCAUAGUCCAUGAAAUCCACGCUUUAGUGUAGGAUGGGUGCUCUGCUAUAAGAGGAAUCAUGGCCAAGAAUUUCGUCCCGAAACCUCUUGCUUGCAACGAGAAGGCGUUGAGUGGAGACGAUCAC